UCUCUCUCUCUUUCACACACACUUGACAUAAAGGAGGCCACAGAGUUGACGAGCAGGAUGGAGGAGGAGGCUGGCUCACGGCGCUCGGUGGCUGAAAUGGCAGGAAGGUUCACAGACUCAGCUCCACCACAUGGUGGCGCUGUGAAUGAUCCAGUGAAGCCGGUGAGACGCCGCCCGCCUCGUUCACUACAGCUGCCGAAAACACACGGGGACGACCAGGAGCCUCCAGGUGUCACCUCACCUCUUUCUGCCAAAACCAAGAGGAACUCUGCUCUGAUCGAGAAGCUCCAGGCCUCGCUCGCUCUCUCGCCCUCGGCCCAGCUGACGUCACCGAGGAGCCCCGCCUUCCGGCUGCUGUCCCCCGCCUUCCCGCCCCCCGCCUUCCAACCCCCCUCCCCCGGCUCCGCCCCAGUAACCACGCCCACCCGGGCUUCACCAGGAGCUGAGGAGGAGGGGCCUGUCUCCUUUGAGGCCCCUCCCACGGUGGAGGAGGGGUCCAUCUUGUCCAGUAUCAACAAGGGCCGGGCUCGUCUCUCCCUGCGGCGCCGCCCCCCCUCCCGGCGCCACAGGGCGUCCAGCAGCGGAGACGAGGUCGGAGUCGCUGAUGACGCAGCAGAGAAAGCAACCGCAGGAGGAGAAGAGGUUUUUAAGACAGACGAUAAAACUGAUGCUUCAACGUGUCCUGAGAAAAAACAAUCACACAAAGAGGAGGAGUCAAAGACCAGAGAAGAGGAGGAAGAGGAGGAGGAGAAGGAGGAGGAGAAGGGAGGGAUGGGAGAAGACGAGCAAGACAGACCUUCAUCAGGGCGAGAAGAGGAGGAAGAUGAGAAGAUAGAAAAAGAAGAAGAAAAGAAGGAGCUCCAUGAAGAUCCAGAUGUUGGGCUGAUCGGGUCGUGAUGGAAAGGCCUGAACACUGGAGACCAACACGUUUCUUUACCUGGGACGUGAAGACGCUCGAAGCCUUUUGACUCUGAAGCCACGGAUUUGAUCCUUUUUAUAAGAAUCUGAUGUUUUCUCCGUGGAGCGAUGACGACAACGAGGAAAACGAGGACGAAUUCUUCCUUCCUGACAAAGUUUAACUUUAACAAAUGAUCUUGUUUUUUGCUCAGAGGGAAAACCUGAAGUUUUAUUUUUUUUAAACUCAUUUUUAACACGUUUGAAAGUUAAAGUUUUUAUUCUUUUUAAAACUGGAGACGUCAAGUUGUGACUAUAAGU